AUGAGCUCCAACGACCUCAUGGCGCUCGUGCAGCACGCGCUGCGCGAUGCGCCACGUCGGACGGAUAGCUUGCCACGUCAGACAGAUAGCUUGCCACGUCAGCACAAACCGCCGGUGGACUUGCCGCCCAUUCGCUUGUGGGACAAGCGCAGCGGCGUGAGCACGCAUGUGGAUCUGCCUCUCCUCGCAGCAUCACUGCCUCUCCACCUCCUCUCCUGCGCUGCCCUCGCCCUGCAACACACUCACUCGCCCGAUCCUCCUCCCCCCAACGUCCCGGCACACACUCCCCCGUCUCCUUGUCCCGCCGCUAGCCCUCCCUGCCACUCUCACGGCGACCUCCCUCAGGCCAAGCGGGCGUGGCUGGAGGGGGCGGAAGGGGGGCGUGGAGAGGUGGUGGCCCAGGGCGGGGAGGCAGGCGGGAUGGGUGGAGGCGGGAUUGGGGGAGGAGGGAUGGGGGGAAGGGGGAUGGGGAGUGCAGAAGUGGGUGAAGGGAAGACAGACGGGCGUGUGAUGGGAGGGACGAGAGUCAGACACGGGGGAGAGGCAAUGGUGGAGGCACGCAGUAAGCAGGAGGAGCCGUGCAGUCGGACACAGGGUGGGGAGCGUGUGUGGAGGCAGGCACAGGGCGAGGGGAGUGCUGUGGGUGAAGGGAAGGCAGCAGGUCGUGUGAUGGGAGGGGCGAGAGAAGAGACAGUGGAGGCGGAGAGUAAGCAGGGGCGAGCAGGCGAGGGUGAGAGAGAGGGGAAGGAGGAACCGUGCAGUCGGACCGAGGGUGGGGAGGCGUGCGCGCAGAGGCAGCCCAAGCAAGCGAGUGAUGUAUCUACUGCUGGUGCUGGUGGUGUUGGUGGUGGUGCUGCCAGAGAUGUAACAGCAGUUGCUCUUGCUUCUGCUGCAGCUCUUAGAGAUGUAACCGUACUUUCUUCUCCUCCUCUUAAAGGUGUAUGUGUUGCGACUUUUAUGUCUGGGGAGAGAUCCAUUUCUGCAAUGACGGGUGCUGAAGAUAUUGCAGUGCCUGCUGCUGCUACCCAUGAUGUGACAGGAGAUGAUGCUGCCAACGAUGAAGCGGGGGGUGGUGCUGCCAAAGAUGAAACGGGAGGUGGUGCUUCCAAAGAUGAAACGGGAGGUGGUGGUACUGCUGUAAAAGAUGUAAUAACAGUUGCUGCUGCCAAAGAAGUAACAGCUGCUGCUACUGGAGCUGCAACAGCGGAACCUUCUGCCGUGCUUUGUGCUAACACAGACACCACCGCUCACACCACUGCCACAACUCCCACUGCCACAACCCCUACUGCCACAGCCCCUAUUGCUACAGCCCAUACUGCUACAGCCCCCACUGCGACAGCCCCCACCCCCACUGCUGCAGCCCCCCCUGCUACAGCCUCCCCAUCUCGUCGUCCCCCAAGCAUGCCUGCCUCCCCUUCUCUCCCCCCUCAAUCUAGCCCCUCCCCCUCACCCACGCACCUCACCCAACCAUCCGCACCGCAACCAACCGCACCCCAGCCGCAGUCAUCCACCCCCCAACCAACCGCUCCCCACAUUAAGCAACCCAGCAGCGGCUCCUCCCAGCCUCCUGAGUGCGGCAGCGCCCCCCUGGCAGUGACCAUCCGGCAUGGGGCGAGGGUGGCGAGAGUGGCGUGGUGGGCGCAGCAGCAGGGCGGGCACACGCGUGUGGCAGGCACUGGUGGUGGUGAGGUGCGUCAAGGGGAUGUUGGGGGGAGAGACUGCGAUGGCAGUGGAGAGAAGGGGAGAGAGGGUGGGGGUGGCGUGGGGAGUGUUGAGGGUGAGAUAGGUGGGAAGCGGGAGGGGGGAGGGGGUGAUGAAGGGGGUGAGAGGCAGGUUAUCGAAUCAGGUGUGCAGAGCGGGGGUGGAGAGGGGAGGGGAGGUGAGGAGGAGGGGGGUGGGCUGGAGGGAGGGGCGAGGGAGAGGAUGGGAGGGAAUGUGGAAGCAGACACAGGCGAGGAGAGGCAGUCACAUGAGGGUGUGGAGGUGGAGGGGAGGGUAGUUGACGGGUUCAGUGGUGUGACUGUAAAAGACAGUGUUUUCACCAUCAGCAGCAACAGCACGACAACAGUGGGGUGGCUUCUGAGACACAUGGAGCAUGAGGGGGGAGCAAAUGGAGGAGGGGGGGUUGAAGGCGGGGAGGAGGGAGAGAGGAGAGGCGAGAAGAGAAGGUGUGGAUUAGAGACAGGGGAGGGAGGGGAGCAGAAGAGUGGGAAGACAAGUAGAGUUGAUGAGCGGGGGAAUAAAAAGGAAGGCAAGAGAGAGGAGGGCUAUGGGGUGACUGCAAGGGAGCAGUGUGGGUUGGCAUCUGAAGGAGGGCGGGCAGGCGAGGGGGGCGGGGAGGUGUGGUUGGUGCAUGUGGCCAAGGGGGUGCGCCUGCUGCACUCGCUGUGCGACCUCGCUACCCACAUGCCCCACCUGCACCAGGUUCUCCUGGUGAGCACGAGUGUGCGGCGCCACAUGCUGGAUCUGGUUGUGCUGCUCACCGUCGCCCUCGCUGCUCCACACCAGCCUCCCCUUCCCUCCCAAGCUCUCAUUUGCGAGUGCCGCGUCGACGCGCUCACUCCACGUGUUCGCACGCUCUCACGGACGUUGCCAUCUUCCCGUUCCCCCCGGCAGCACCUCAUUGGAAAGAGCAGGGGCGGCGAAGGGUAUAGUGGCGAUGGCAGUGGUGGUGGCAGCGGCAGGGACGGGUAUGGUGGUGCACGGCGGGGCAGCAGCAGAGAUGGUGACGGGUAUGGAAAGGAGGGUGGCAGCAGGGCGGAUGCAGCAGCAGUAGGAGCAGCAGGCAUGGGAGUAUGGGGGUGCGAGCAGGCACAGGCGGCAGGCUGUUUUUGUGCUGCCACGAGUGCUGGUGGUGGUGGUGGUGUUGCUGAUGGUGCUGUUAGUGCUAAUACCCACAGGGUUGCUCCGGAUGGUAGUGGAGGGCAGGGGGUUGAUGGCGCAGGUGGUGCAGCAAGGGAAGGCGAAGCAGGCACCGGCAGCACGUGUGGGGCGGGCACUGGGGGGGAUGCAGAGAAUAGCAUGGCGGUUGUGGGUGGCAGUUGUGGCACGCAGGAGGCAAAAGGGGUGGAUGCAGUGACGAGUGUAGGUGGUAAAGCAAGGGCAGGUGAGGCAGCGAGGGCAGGUGAGGCAGCGAGGGCAGGUGAGGCAGCGAGGGCAGAUGGUGCAGCAGGCAAGGGUGAUGAGGCAUGCACGAUGGGGGGGAAGGCGGGAAGGGAGAACGUCGGAAAUAGGGAGGCAGCAUCGGGAGAUGCAGCAAUUAAAAAUGCAGCAGUGGGGGAGGCGGCAGUGGAAGAGGCGGCAGUGGAGGAGGCGGCGGUGGGGGGAGCAGCACUGUAUGCGGGAACGGUGGCGUCAUGCCUUCCACCCAUCCAUCCUCCCACCCAUCCCCAUCCCUCCUCCUCCCCAUACACCUACCCAUCCCUCCUCCUCCCCAUACACCUACCCAUCCCUCCUCCUCCCCAUACACCUACCCAUCCCUCCUCCUCCCCAUACACCUACCCAUCCCUCCUCCUCCCCAUACACCUACCCAUCCCUCCUCCUCCCCAUACACCUACCCAUCCCUCCUCCUCCCCAUACACCUACCCAUCCCUCCUCCUCCCCAUACACCUACCCAUCCCUCCUCCUCCCCAUACACCUACCCAUCCCUCCUCCUCCCCAUACACCUACCCAUCCCUCCUCCUCCCCAUACACCUACCCAUCCCUCCUCCUCCCCAUACACCUACCCAUCUCUCCUCCUCCGCAUACACCUACCCAUCCCUCCUCCUCCCCAUACACCUACCCAUCCCUCCUCCUCCCCAUACACCUACCCAUCCCUCCUCCUCCCCAUACACCUACCCAUCCCUCCUCCUCCCCAUACACCUACCCAUCCCUCCUCCUCCCCAUACACCUACCCAUCCCUCCUCCUCCCCAUACACCUACCCAUCCCUCCUCCUCCCCAUACACCUACCCAUCCCUCCUCCUCCCCAUACACCUACCCAUCCCUCCUCCUCCCCAUACACCUACCCAUCCCUCCUCCUCCCCAUACACCUACCCAUUCCUCCUCCUCCCCAUACACCUACCCAUCCCUCCUCCUCCCCAUACACCUACCCAUCCCUCCUCCUCCCCAUACACCUACCCAUCCCUCCUCCUCCCCAUGCGCCUACCCAUCCCGCCCAGGUGGGGGCCUUCCUGCCGGCGGCCUUCUCAGCCGUCACCACCGCCUUCCUCCUGCUGCACUCCCUGCUCUCGCCCCCGCUUGCCGCCUUCACACAUGCGGGCAGAGGGGUUGUUGGAAGGAGGGAUGGGGGGAGGGAUGCAGGCGGGGAUGAAGGGAGGGCAUGGCAAGGUGUGGAGUGGGGGUCGGUGCAGGGGGUGGUGCGGCAGUGCGAGGCGGCUCUGCAGGUGCUGCACGUGCUGUGCCGCGCUGAUGGGCUGGGCGCCCUGCUGCUGCACCACCAGGUGCGUGUGUGGGUUUGCCAGUAG